UAAAGUAACACGUCGUGCUUCGAUUUCGUCAUCGCGGUCGGUUGCUUUCCGUCGUUUUGGGGUGUGGUGUGAAGCUUUCGUCUGCGGAACAGCACUGAUCGUUCUCCUGAUCGUGCUCUAAUAUCGCGUUUGUUAACUUUGAAAAAAUCAUUUAACGGAAAAGAAACGCCUGGUGGUGGAUAAAAUCUUUUUUUUUGAUAUUUGAAAGAGUGAUCUGCGAGCUAACGCGAUCAUCGUUCCGCGACGACCAUCUUCCUCUCAGUGAUCUUCCAUCUUGUCCAGAAAGUGAAGCACUGCUUUUGCCUGCCUCCUUUCCCUCCCCCCAAUUCCAGUGUGUGGUGUUUCUAGUGCUUAAAAGCGUACCGCGCAAAGCAAGAUUCCGUUGUUCGCAGUAGUGAGAAGAAAGCCAAGAAACGCGAUGUGGAACAACAACCUGUCGUUGCUGCUGGGAGUGGCGCUAGUGAUCGCGUUCGUGGGCUCCGUUCGCGGGCAGCGCACCCCUACCAUCUCCUACAUUACGCAGGAGCAGAUCAAGGACAUCGGUGGCACGGUCGAGCUGGAAUGCUCCGUCCUGUACGCCAGCGAAUACUCCGUCCACUGGAUCAAGACGAGCAACGAUCGGUCGGAUGUCGUCUUCCUGUCGACGGGCAGCUCGCUGGUGCUGAAAGACUCGCGCUUCUCGCUGCGCUACGACCUGUCCUCCUCCUCCUACACGCUGCAGAUCAAGGACAUUCAGGAGACGGAUGCCGGCAUCUAUCAGUGUCAGGUGGUGCUGUCGGUAACGAACAAAAUUACGGCCGAAGUGCCGCUUAACGUGCGUCGCCCUCCGAUCAUCUCCGACAACUCCACCCAAUCGCUGGUCGUCUCCGAGGGUCAGCCCGCCCAGAUGGAGUGCUACGCGUCCGGCUAUCCGGUGCCACAGAUUACCUGGCGUCGCGAAAAUAACGCCAUCCUUCCAACAGGUGGCGCUACCUAUUCCGGCAACGUGCUGAACAUUCACGCCGUGAGCAAGGAGGACCGUGGCACGUACUACUGCGUGGCGGACAACGGUGUCAGCCGGGGCGAUCGGCGUAACGUCAACCUGGAGGUGGAGUUUGCACCGGUCGUCACCAUCCCGCGGCCACGCGUCGAACAGGCGCUCCAGUACGACAUGGAUCUGGACUGCCACAUCGAGGCGUAUCCGCCACCGGCCAUCCGCUGGCUGAAGGACAGCGUGCAGCUCUCGAGCAACCAGCACUACCAGCUGUCGCAGUUCGCUACGGCGGACGAGUUCACCGAUACGACGCUGCGUGUCAUCACGGCCGAGAAGCGCCAGUACGGCGAGUACAUCUGCCAGGCGACGAACAAGCUGGGCGAGGCGGAGGGCCGCGUCGAGUUCACCGAGUCGGUCAUUCCCGUGUGUCCGCCGGCUUGCGGGCAGGCGCGUUACGGCGGCGAUGCGAGUACGGUGACGGUGUCGAGCUUCCUGUUGCUGGUGGCCACUAUCCUGGCGGUGGUUGCGGCGGCACAGCACGUAAAGCACGCGUAAACCCGUGUGCGAGAAUGGACCAACUUUUUCGUGCAUUCCAUCUCUUCUUUAGCCGGCAACCGACAGAGCAACCAAAACGAUCGACAAUCCAUUCCAUUGACCAUUGAUCAUCACUAAUCCGACACCUGAUCACCUCAGGACUCCGAAUCUCAGGACGUCCGCAGGUUUUUAGAUAAACAUCACAAAGACCUUCCGCAGGUCAAUCAUGGAAAAUACUAUCAUAUUUGAACCGAAACCGACUUAGGAACAGCAAUUUUAUAUACAAUUUUUGUACCGAGAACUUCGCUGUUCUAAUGCGUGUACCUUAAGGUCUACCUCCAAGACACAUUCCAGCUUACCCAAACUAUUAAUUCAGAAACCGAUCAGAGAUAGGGCAACACGUUCCGAAUGAUCUACUAACAAGCAUCAAAUACAUAUCUCGAAUAGCUAGAAGUAAGGAUGGUACUCUUCAUCCAAUAUUGUUGCCGAAAAAGAAGAUGCAAUCCGGAAGAGUAGAGAAUACACUUUGACUUACGAAAUGUGUGGCUCAUCGGAAACGGAAGACAAAACGGUGUGUGGUAGACAAGGAAGGAAAAAGAAAAGAAGUUAGGAAAUCAUUCAAGUGGGUAAGUCGACCCUCAGAUAUGCUAACUUUCGGCAAUCCAUUAAUUAAGUAAAGCAUAUACAACCAUUCCCUCCAAGGUAUCUGUGAACAUGAUAGCUCUUGUACGUAGGAAGGGAACUGACUUCAUCUCCUCUUCGUCGGCUUCUCGUUAGACUAGCCAGCAGUGGGUGCGCAGUGCAACGGGAAUGCUACUCUAGUGAGAGCAGCGCAAGUGUUUUGUAAACUUGGUAGUCCCAGUUUCGACACUUCUUGUAUAAUUUUAUGGCUACAGUAUGUCGUCCGGGCAUAGAUUUAGAAGGGAAGGGCGAACGAACGCGCGGUAUAUGGUAUAGGAACUCAGCUCGUCGCGAGAGCGACUUUCGAAUGCAAAGAGGCAAAGCUUUUUAUCCGUACGUCGGUCCCGCGCACAGGAAUCCAGGCAGCGUGGCAGAAAUCAAAAACCAAGCGUUUUAUCAGUUCGAGGCAGCUUUGCUGGCAGUAAAUUACUUCUUCGUAAUUGUAAGGUUUUUGUGUUUAGCUAAACAAUAAGUGCUAUAUAGGAACUUGUUUUUUCUCUCGAUCACGUUUUGAAAAGUAAGCAGAACGAAUAAUUUUAGUUUGCCGAAAACACGGUGUUUUGCCGCGCUCGUCGAUGGGGGCGGUGAAAAAACAAAUAAUUUCAAGGCUUAAAGCAAUAGAGUUUUUGCUUGACGCAAUGUCGCUUUCGAUGGUUUUCACUCGUAAGAAUAUUUUCGCGGCCAGCAGUGUAUAAUGUGAGAAAAUUUCUAAAAGCAAUAGGCAACAAGACGACAGGAUACUGAUGAAUGUAAGCAGCGACCGAAUGAAUAAAGCGUUUUAAGUUAGAUUUUA